AUGGCGCCACCAACUCAGAAGCCUAAAGGUGGCUCCUCAAAGCCAAAGAAGUCGAGUGCUAAAGCGAACCAGGCUGCUAAAGCCACCCUCAGAGGCGUUCACACCGGAAAAGCCCGCAAAAUCCGCACAUCGACCACCUUCCACAGACCCAAGACGCUCGUUCUCUCCCGAUCUCCCAAAUAUCCGCGCAAGUCCAUACCCCAUGAGACGAGACUCGACCACCACAAGGUCCUCAUCCACCCGUUGAACACCGAGAGCGCGAUGAAGAAGAUCGAGGAGCACAAUACGUUGGUGUUCAUCGUGGACACCAAGGCCAACAAGCGACAGAUCAAGGAUGCUUUGAAGAAGUUGUACGACGUGGACACCGUCAAGAUCAACACUUUGAUCAGACCCGAUGGCACGAAGAAGGCGUUUGCGAGAUUAACGUCGGAUGUGGAUGCGCUGGACAUCGCGGCUACGAAGUUGUCGAUUGUGUAA